AUGGCUGCUGCAGGAGGAUGCAAUAAUAGUAGUGGCCACCUUGAUCAUAACAUUGACAUACCAAGCCAUGGCAAAUCCUCCAUCACUCAUUCAGCUCUUCAUGUCGCAGCACGAUCUGGGAAAACAGAUUUUGUGAACCACAUUGUGACUCGAAUGCCUUCAUUAGCCAUAGAGACAAACAAACAAGGUAUGAUCCCACUGCACUUGGCUGCUUUUGAAGGUCAUGUUGAGACAGUGAGGGAGCUGUUGAAGGCAAAUCUUGAUGAUGAUGGACGAAGAAGGCUGGACUCCCUGCACUUUGCAUCACAGAAAGGCAAGAUCAUGGUGAUGGAAGAGUUAAUCAGCGUAUAUCCUCAGUGCCUAGAACAAGUUACAGUAAAAGGAGAGACUGUUCUUCAUUUAGCAGUGAAGGCUAACCAAUUUGAAGCUGUGAAAGUGCUAGCGGAGAGGAUCAAAAGGCUUCCAAAUUUCCAGACACUGUUGAAAGCACAGGACCAAAAUGGCAAGAGCACCUAUCACCUUGCAGCAGCAAAGGAACAGUCUCAGGUAUUAGAGAUACCGAAGGAAGAUGAUGAGAAGGGUGACGAAAUAAAAGAGGAAGGUCAUAUAAACAUUGAGGGAGAGGGAAGUGAUGACACUAAAGCAUCUAAAAAAGUGAAGAGCAAUGUAUCGCAUCUAUUUCAGGACGCAAUACUGGUAGAAGCAACCUUGAUUAUAACAUUGACGUAUCAAGCUAUGGCAAAUCGUCCAUCAACCUUUUACAAAGAUGGCAGCAGUAAAAUAGAUUAG